AGGUGUGAGCGGCGCUGGCGGCGGUGGCUGGAGACCGGAGCCGGCCGCGGAUUCGCGAGACAGAGACCGUCGGAGCUGCAGGAGCCAUGUCGGAGCCAUCCCAGGAUGCCCGCCCGAUCCCCCGUGGCAGCAAGGCCUGCCGUCGCCUGUUCGGCCCAGUGGACAGUGAGCAGCUGCGCCGAGACUGCAAUGCACUAAUGGCCAGCUGCGUCCAGGAGGCCUGUGAUCGAUGGAACUUCGACUUUGUCACCGAGACACCACUGGAGGGUGACUACGUCUGGGAGCGUGUGUGGGGCCUGGGCCUGCCCAAGCUCUACGUGCCCUCAGGGCCGCGGGGGGCCCAGGACAACCUGGGAGGAGGCAAGCAGGCCAGCAGCUCACCUGCCCUGCUGCAGGGGACAGCUCAGGAGGACCACGUGGACCUGUCACUGUCCUGCACCCUCAUCCCUUGCUCCUCCGAGCGGCCUGAGGGGUCCCCAGGUGGGCCUAGCAUGUCUCAGGGCCGAAAACGACGGCAGACCAGCAUGACAGAUUUUUAUCACUCCAAACGCCGGCUGAUCUUGUCCAAGAGGAAGCCCUAACCCGCGCCCUGGAAGCCUCUCGCUCCUGGAAACACAGGCCUCCCUCCGGCCCGUUCUACAUCUUUUGCCCUAUUCCUUCAGUUCGUGUGUCUUAAUUAUUAUCUCUGUUUUAAUUUAAACUUCCCCCUCGUGUAUAUAGCCUGAUCGUAACACCUCCCACCCCGCCAGCCACUGGCAUUAGAAUUAUUUAAAGAAAACAUUAGACAGCGGAAUGAUAGGCUUAUUAGGUUGUCAGAUAUUUUUAUUAUGCAAACUAUUAUUUAAAACCACCUCAUCCUACGCUUUCCGUUUCUUCUCUCCCAGAGACAAGGGGGGGCCGGUGUGCCCCUCACCUGCUGGGUGGUGCUCUCUGAAGGGGCCUGGCUCCCUCUGUUCACUGUUUCACGCACAGUAUGAAAUUCCGCUCCUUUCCUUCAUUCUCAGACCCGAAUUCCUUAUAAUUUGAGAAGUAAAGAGAUAGCACUUUGAAAGGGGCCCAGCAGAGUUGGGGCAUCACCCUCACCUCCUCUAAGGUUGGGCAGGGUGACCUUGAAGUGGGCACCAUCUGGAACGGGUGGAGGGGACUGGCACUCUCCUGGCCCUUGACACCCUACUUUGUCCUGUGAGGGCACGGGGAGGUAGGGUCCCAUAGCAAAGCACCCACCUCCCUCAUGCCCCUCUGUCGAGCACAGGGGAGCCAGCCGUGGGGUUUGGCUUCCACCUGUUGGCUCUCCAGGACUGUGCUAGAAGCCCCACGUGCCCCUCUUUUUCAGCUGGGCGCUCAAGUCCCCAUCUGCCCCUCUCCCCUCCCUAUGUCCUUUCCCUCUAGUUCCCUCUCAGCCCUGAACAGCUCCUCUGGGGUGCCAGUGGACUGGAAAGGAAGGGGCACACUAGAAGUAGGCUCCCCAGUUCUACCUCAGGCAGCUGGAGCAGCGAGCACCCCCUCCUCUCAGCUCUGAGGGUAGGGGUCCUGGGUGGUCAGCAGGCCUCCAUGAAUGGGGAUCUCCCUCUCAGAGGGCUAUGUGGAUGGGAGGAGCAGAUUUUUCUAGGAGGGAGAGUGUGACGCCAGCCCCUGGGACUCAUCCAAGGACCGUCCCCACCUGCUCCACCCUCUCCCAUUCAUUGCACUUUGAAUAACAGCUGAACAAGGAGUCAGGUGUUUUAAAUGGUGGGAGCAGAGGCUGUGGAUCAGCUCACCAAGUGGGCAGACACGGGCCCGGGAGUUGUGGGUUGUCUUUCCUGGUGCUGAACAUGGAGCCCUCAGAGGACCCGAAGCACUUGGUGGGUCUGCCUCAAACACCUUCCAGCUCCUGUAACAUCCUGGCCUGGACUGUUUUCUCCUGGCUCCCCAUGUGUCCUGGUUCUCCUGUCUUUAUCUAGACUGUACACCUCUAAAGGGCAGGGACCAUGUCCUUUACUCUGUGUCCUUCUCAGCCCCCCCCCCCAAGUGCUGAGUAUACAGCAGGUGCUCAAUAAAUAUUUCUUGGUGACUUUACUUGUAAAUAUAUCUUGUCAUUUUUAAGAAUAAGUAGGUGGAGGUGUUGUGUGUUUUUUGUUUGUUGGUUGGUUGUUUUUAUCAUUUAAAAAAUUAAGCAUUUAAAUUUAAAAAAUGCAAAAAGCUUAGCAACCGGAAGGACCAUGAGGCAAAAAAGAACAAA